ACUAUAAAUUCACGAGCCCACCAUUUUUAUCACACAACUAACAGUAGUAAGAAGAGAAGAAGCUUUAAGAAAAAUGAAGAGUACCAUUAUUUCUUCAAAAUUAAUGCUUCUUCUACUUCUACUUCUUCCAUUAAUGAGUUGCCAUGGAAGCUACCAUGACUAUACAGACGCAUUAACAAAGUCCAUUCUUUUCUUCGAAGGCCAACGUUCUGGUUAUUUACCACAAGACCAAAGAAUGAACUGGCGUGGACAUUCUGGUUUAGGUGAUGGAUGGACGGUCAACGUUGAUUUGACCGGUGGUUACUAUGAUGCUGGUGAUAAUGUGAAAUUUAAUUUUCCGAUGGCAUUUACAACGACAUUGUUGGCUUGGAGUGUUAUUGAAUUUGGAGAAAACAUGCCACCAUCUGAAUUAAGGAAUGCUUUAGUUGCUAUACGUUGGUCCACUGAUUAUCUUCUCAAGACUGUCUCUCAACCCAAUCGCAUUUUUGUCCAGGUGGGGGAUCCAGUCCUAGACCAUAACUGUUGGGAAAGGCCAGAAGAUAUGGACACUGCUAGGACAGUAUACACAGUGGAUGCCCCGAAUCCGGCAUCCGACGUGGCCGGAGAAAUUGCAGCUGCUUUUGCAGCUGCAUCUAUAGCUUUCCGGCCGUCGGAUCCCGGAUAUGCUGACACACUUCUGAGAACAUCCACAAGGGUGUUUGAUUUUGCAGAUAGGAACCGUGGAGCUUACAGUGACAAUGCCAAUAUUAGAGAUGGAGUUUGUCCGUAUUAUUGUGAUUUUGAUGGGUAUCAGGAUGAAUUGUUGUGGGGAGCAGCGUGGCUUAGGAGAGCUACCCAGGGUGACAAUUAUCUGAGUUACGUACAACAGAAUCGGCAGACACUUGGGGCCGAUGACAAUAUUGAUGAAUUUGGAUGGGACAAUAAGCACGCUGGCCUUAAUGUUCUUGUUUCUAAGGAAGUGUUAGACGGGAAUAUGUAUGGCCUCCAAUCUUACAAAGCAUCGGCAGAUAGCUUCAUGUGCACAUUAAUCCCAGAAUCGUCAUCCUCGCAUAUACAGUACUCUCCUGGUGGCCUAAUUUACAAGCCUGGUGGAAGCAAUUUACAACAUGCCACAACAAUCACAUUCCUACUACUAGUCUACGCAAAUUACUUAGAAAAAUCGUCACAAAUCUUGAAUUGCGGCAACAUCAAUGUUAGUCCAUCGAUGCUUCGAAAAAUUGGCAAGAGGCAAGUUGAUUACAUUUUAGGAGAUAAUCCUAAAGGAAUGUCCUACAUGGUUGGUUAUAGUAAUUACUAUCCUCAAAAAAUUCAUCAUCGUGGCUCGUCCCUUCCAUCGAUCAAAGAUCAUCCUCAGACUAUCGCGUGCAAGGAGGGCUCGAUUUAUUUUAACUCGACUCAGCCUAAUCCUAAUGUCUUAGUUGGUGCAAUUGUGGGUGGUCCUGGAGAAGAUGAUGCUUAUGAUGAUAGUAGGGAUGAAUUUCGUAAAUCCGAGCCAACUACGUAUAUUAAUGCCCCAUUUGUUGGUGCACUUGCUUAUUUUGCAGCUAAUCCUAACAUUAAUUAGUUAAUUAGAGGACCAGAGCAAAGUUCUGGUGAUGAAUUGUAUAUAUAUGUAUAGUCUCUCAUCUUGCACAUGCAAAGAAGGAAGAGGCUUUAAUUUGAAUUUUAAUUCAUGUGAGAAUGUACAGUCACAAAAACUUAUUGUGACAUUUAUAGA